AUGUUGACCUUCGUUGAGAAACAGAUGUGCCCGCAAAACCUGCGGAAGUUGUGCGCUGAACUCCUCAAAAAAGGCACUGAACUGACAGCCGCAGAACUGGGCGACUUGGAGGAGCGGAGUUUGCAUUCGAGCUCCGCGUACUGGCCAACUACGAUACGCAUGUCGAGCGUCUUCACGCCACCGGAGCUGAGAGAGGAGGGUGACUCGUCUGGGUCGCGAAGGAAGCGAAAAACCUCCUCAGCCGCCAUGUCUCCAGCCCUGAAGGCACCACGACACUCCUCCUGUUCCUCAAGCCCACCAAACCUGCUUCCUGAAGUUGUCGACUGCCACCACAAUGAGUCUACGGCGCGUACCCAUUCGACGUGUGAACGAAGUGAUUUUUACACUGGAACAAUUGACCUUGAAGCCGAGCCAGUCACGUCGCCCCCAGGUGAACGUUCCUCCUCGUCGUCGUCAUCACGAACGAGGCCUGUUGGUGCCGGCGACUCGCCAUCCUCCCACCAGACUCUGUCUCCGGCAUCUACCGCGUCGUCCCGCAACUCCUUGUCGCGAAACACCAACCGCGCCAGACGUAGGGCGUCUCCGCCCUCUCCAUCCACUCAAAAGACGUCAGACAAGCCGUCAAGGCAUCACUCAACCGCGGUCAAGUCUUACCCCCCCGCAACCCCGUCAUUUACGCCACCCAUACGAAAAUCCGUUGGUAGACCGGCAACGCACGAAUGCCUCAAGGCAAUAAAGUCGUCCGCGACAAAUUCACGCACAUCGUCCAACGUUUUAGAAACUGUUUCUCCACUAAGGCGUGCUGCUGCUGCUGCAUUGACCGGAACAAAUGGUGGUUGGAAGGGUGGACCAAAUCCCAUGCCAAGUUCAAGAGGGUCUUCUGGGUCGCGCGGGAGAUGUGAGGUGGUCGAGCGUUGUCAUGCAGCAGUGGCAGCAGCAGCAAAGGCGCUGUCACCGACGACGCGAGUUCGUCGCGUUGGCCGAAAGCACGUCUCGGCCAGUCCGUCGCCCGCGCGUCCACCGACAACGCCGACACCGCAACCCGAGCGCGUCUACGCUGAGGAUGCCUGGACCUUCUCGGGCUCACUGACGGACAGAACACCCCCGAGCCAAGUGGUCGCACAGGUGAAGCGAGCCGCCCACAAUGCCAGGGCCAAACUCCUGGACACGUAUGGCAAACGGGGUCAGCAGAGAAUCGUCUACCUCGAUACGAGCGUUCCUGGCAAAAUAUCCGCUAAGGUGUGUCCCCUCGCUGCCACACAAAACGCCUCCUCCGCCCAGACCCUCCCUCCCGAAGACUCCUCCACCGUCGAGUCCAAACCUGUCAACUACCCACCUGCAUUGCGACAGCUGCUCACUGGACGCCAGUGCGAGGUGUCGUCAACGGCGUCUGCCAGCAACCAGAGCUACCACGGCCUCAUCGAACAGAUGACCUCACAGCAGGUCGCCACCCUCCACGCCCUGUCCACCCUGCGCUACGACCCCAAGGAGCCAAUCGCCAUGGGCAUUCACGGACCCCUGGCCAUAUUCAGCAAGGACGAAUUGGCCCAAAUGUAUGACGCCUACGGCGGUGACUCUCUUGCCCUGGAGUACAUCCUGUCACUCCUCUCGUACGUGGAGCCCAUUGGCCCCUCGGCGCGGAUUUGGGCGCACAAAAAAAUCGAUGCCGCUACUGGCGGUUACCACGGCAAGUUGGUUGCCGCUUUCGCGAAAACCGACUCUGAGUUCCACUCGAACAAUUGGAUACGACGCGCUGGUCUAACGCUUGACUCGGAUCUCAUUGCUGAAUUCAUUCCAAAAACGGACGCAAAGGACGAAUCGGACGUGGUGAAAGACGAGGAGCCGACUUCGCAAGUUGAGGUGGACAACUUGAGCGUAGGGUCGGACUUGCAGCCGCUAGAAGUGGAGGCUUGUGCUAGCGGUGAAAUGUCAAUGGCGAAGCUGCCUUCAAACACGUCAACAACCACCACCGCCGUGAAACAGAUGGCGACAGUGCAGCCGCUGCAGCGACACGAAUCCGCCGCCAGCCAACCUGAUGACCUUAUCGCUCAUCUGGCAGCCGCCCCGUGUAUCUCCGAAAUGCCUCCACCUACGUCUUCUCCACCUCCUCCUCCCCCUCCGUCUCAUCCACCGGCAGUUGAAGCACCGCAGAGUUGUGUCACUGGAGAGCAGUUGGCAUUCACCGACGCAAACCUUUCAAAUGAAAUUUUGGCUGAAAUUGAGACAUCAACCGCACUUUCCGCAUCACUCAACCUAUCUGCCACGAAGGACGAGGAGGAGCAGGCUUCCAAUACGAGUGAAUCCGCUGCUGAUGAGUCAUUUGACAUCUUGUCAGCUGCGCUUAACGCCUCGACAACACCCGCUUCGGAAGACUACGUAAUCAAUGCAUACAGUGUGGAGGGCAACGGCUCGGAGGCCGGUUCAACCACGGAAUUCCAUCAGAUCCCACCUGUGGCAGUGCCUAAUGAGGGUCUUGUUCAAGAUCCGCGUGGGUUCCCGACUCAGGGGGCGGCUCAACCAAUCCUCGCCUUGAAUAACUUCUGUUUGAUAUCGCCGCAGGCGUCAAACGGCGCAUUGGCUGCGUCGGUCAGUGAGAUUGCUCAGAUAUCGGCGCUGACUGCGGCAAUCAGUCCAAUCCAAUCCGUGCCUGCUCCGCUUCCAGCGUGCGUCAGCGUGCACAAGUCGGAGUCCACUUCGGAUACUGAAACCUACUGCACCGAGGAGCAACGACAGGAGGGUUCGUCAGGUGACAACCCUGACACCACCCUCCCUGACUCAAAGGAAGGCUCUACACCUGAGUCUGGUGGCGAUCAUGCUCCAGCUGAAGUCAGUGAUGAGUUUUCUGCAGUCCCGGGCACUGAACAGGCAAGGCCACCUUCAGAGCUUGGUGACGUGAGCCCCAGCACUCUGCAGGCAGCAGAUGAAGAAGAAGGGUCGCGUAGUGCAACCUGCGAUAGUAGGCGUUGCACAAGUCCUUCGAUGGAGCCUAUAACGACGGCAACGCCGCUGAUUGACUCCGUACCACCGUCAGUACUCGUGGUGGAUGGUAAAGACCAGUCAAGUUUACUUGAAAGUGAUUUGGAUACGUCGGUGUUAGAAAAGUCCCAGAACAGGAGUGCUGAUGUUUCGGUUUUGGCACAAUUGAAAAGCGUUCCUAUCUCUCCAGAAUGUCCAGAAUCCACGAGUGAAAGCAACUUCUCAGAGAUCCCUCAUCCAACAGGACUGACCCGACCCCCCACCGAUUCCGAAAUUUCAACUGUGGAGCCGUCUAGUGUAGUGUCGUGCGAGGAUCAGUCGCCAGAAGGCAACACUUCAAGCGACACAGCACUGACGAAGGUUCACUCCACUUUGGAUGUGACGUCAGGUGAUGAAUCCGCCCCCUUUAAAAUCCCACUGCUAGAACCGUCGAAAGAUGGCCUUUCGCAAAGCUCCAAGGCCAACACACCUGAUUUACUUGCACCAGUCACCACACAUGCUUGUCACUCAGGACCUGUAGACGUUUUCCCCGAUGCUGUAGUCGCACAGGUCGCACGAAUUCCAGGAACGGAGGUUUGUGACGCGCAGCACACCCCAAGCACCAACGACACGACGCGACACCAGCCAGGGGUUGUUUGUGACACUUCACCUAAUCGAGGUGACGCGUGCUCCGAGGUCCCUGCCGACACGAUCGACGAACCUGAUUCCACCAACAACGAACUCACCAUGGCGGAGACGACCCAGUGA